AUGUAUAGUUACACAAAAGAUGUUUACAAAAUACCAUUUGAAGUUGCUCUGGAUAGAGCAGGUUUCGGUUUAUACAGCUACCUGGUGUGUGCGCUAACUGGUCUCGUCAUACUAUCAUUUACUUGUAUAGUGUACGGCACCAUGAUACUGGUGCCUACGAGCGCCUGCGAACUGGAAACAACCUCAGCACAACAAGGGCUGCUAGCAUCUGCACCUCUUGUGGGAACGAUCGCCGGUGGCGUUCUAGGCGGGUACUUGGGGGACACCCGAGGUCGGAGGAACACGUUACUCAUGACCCUGUUCCUCGGCGCGGUCACCAACGCACUCAUCAGCAUAUCAGUCAAUUGGAUCAUGAUGAUCGUUAUGCAGUUUAUCGCUUCUUUCCUGGUGUCUGGAAACUUCUCACUCGCCCUGACACUCCUGAGUGAGAGUGUCCCCAUGACCAAGCGAAAUUUGCUCAUGCUACUGGUAUCUAGCAUUUUCGUUCUCGCCCAAGGACUCAUGUCAGUUGUGGCGAUUCCUAUAAUACCACUAAGUUUCUCAUACUACCUGCCUUCGCUUGGCAUUUAUUGGAAUUCGUGGCGUACGUUGGUGGUCAUCUACUCGCUUCCGGGUCUUAUCAGCAUGUGUUGGCUGAGUCUGAUGAAAGAGAGCCCCAAAUUCGUGUUCUUGAAGGGCAGCGAACAAGAAGCUAUUGAGAUACUGAAGUUCAUUCACGGAAUGAACAAUAAGAAAGGUCAGAAAUAUGAGGUGUAUGGACUUCAAAAAGAGAAAAGCCUAAUUACAGACAGAUCGAAGAGAGGUCAAAUAUUGCCACUGUUCAAACGGCCCUUCCUCAAAUACACCGUUAUAUUGAUUGUACUCAACCUCUUACAAGUUGUGGGGCCAUUCAUAGUAUGGCUACCGACCAUUGCCAACCAAUUCAUAAUCAUGUUCAGAACAGGGGAAGCUAUGGAUCUCACGCUGUGUGGUGUUAUAGCACUUGAUCUUGACGCGAUAUCUCAUGCAGAUGUUACUACACCCUGUGGUUUAAAUGAAACUGCGCUGCUGAUUGUAUUGAGUGUAGGAGUCGGACAAUCAUUAGUCAACACAAUUAUAAGUGUGAUUGUAAACAAAACUGGUCGCCGCAUUAUCGUCAUAGCAAUAACAGCCGUAUGCGGUUUAUGUGGGAUUCUUGUGAACCUGGUGCCCCACGCCAUCAUCAGCGUCGUGUUGUUUGGAGUCUUCCUGCUUGGCAUCCUCGUGAUAGGGCUGUAUGCUGCUAUUGUCGUUGCCUUAUUUCCUACACACUUAAGAGCAUUGGCUGUAGCUGUGACGGCAACAGGGAGUCAACUGGGGUCAGUUGUUUUAAUACAAAUCCUGAACUGGAUGCUCACAAGUAAUUGCGAAAUCGCCUUUUACUUGUUUUCAGGACUGUUUGCCUCAUCAGCAGUGGUGGCAUCAUUUCUACCUGAUGACCGGCUGUUCGCCCGACGGCCGUCCCCUCGCAAGGACAUUGAAACAACAAAAUUCUGA